CACGCGCGUCGUCCUCGCCGUUCCGCGACCUGGGUCAAAUCCGCGCGCACGCUGGCACCGACUUCACGGUGGUUCCUUCGAGAUUGGUCACCGCGCCCCCCACGUGGACAGUCCUUGUUAUCGUCCUUUCCAACGGGACAGCCGAAAGGACUGCGGCCCGAUGAAGGAUAAUAACUGAUCCAUUCUUUCUCCAAGAUCCGAUGACACUCCUGGAUUUCCGGUAUCGCCCCGGUCCCAUUGUAGGCUUCGAAAACACUGGUAUCGAGCACGUGGCCCGUGUGCGGCGCGGAAUGUAUAUUUGAACGGUACGCGAGAGGCGGCGAUUAACGACAUUGGCGCGUUUAAAAAAUGCGAGGUUAGGUUCCCCAUGCCGACUUGUCGCAGGGAGCACGCGCGAAGUUGUUGACAAGUCCUUCGGAGGACGACUUAUCGUCACGGGGGCCGAUUUCCCCCCGUAUCGCACGCCAGGAAACGACAACGAUAAGGUGCGCAGAUCGUGACUGACCUGGAUCGAACGAGAGAUAAAGGCAAAUCGGCGAGAACCGUGAUAUUUGGUGACAUUAUCUGGACAACGGAAAGCGGAAAAUGGAGGUCGCGACCGGCAUCCUCGCCGUCUUCGUCGUGGUCGUCGCUGCUGCAGCACAGAACGUCUCAUUUGACGGCACGGACGCCGCUCAGAGCUACGACCCCCAGUUCAUGGUAGGCUGCUAUUUCCCUGCGGAAUUCCAGGGGGAAUUCGUGAUGCAGGUUAGCGGAAUGGGCGCCAGGGGCUCGAGAGACAUGGGCGAGCCCAUUCAGUACUCCAGUGUCAACAUUACUUUCAAUUCGAUUCCAGUAUGGGGCUAUUGCCACAAAAGGGUCGGGGGCAACGUGCUCCUCAUGGACAG